GCUGGCAGUAAGUCAGAAAUUGGUGUAGCUAAAGUUACAUGGGAGGCACCAGGAAAGGCAAAAUGGUGGUAUGCAGUUUAUUAUGGCAGAAACAUGCAGGGGCUAUUAGAAAAACCUCGUCUCAUAACCAAGAACCUGACCGCCACCAUCCGCGGAUUAGAGCAUUGCUCCUCAUACUUUAUAGCAGUUGGUGUUUUAGCUGGUGAUGGUGCUUCAGGAACCUCAUCUGGUGACUUGGAUAGUUCUCUGGGAACCCUCGGUGCACGAUGGGCUCCAGGACCUCUUAGUACGGCUGGUUCUGGUACACUUGACACACCUUAUGAUCCAAAAGCUCCAGUCAGGGAUUUGAAAGCUACUGUUGUUGAGACUAAUGGAGUGGUCAAUAGGAAAGGAUUGCUUAUCACUUGGAAACCGAGCUGUGAUGUUAUCACUCAACCUGUGGGAUAUGUGGCUGAAAUAAUAGAAUUAACCACCAACGAAACAUUCCGCUUCGAAUUGGCAGCAGUUUCCAACAGAACACUUUCCCAUCUUGUGGAGCCUGUAUUAUACGGCGCCAAUUAUCGAAUUCUCGUCAGAACUUCUGGUGAUGGAUUGACAUCGAAAGGUCCAGCCGCAGAUUCGGAAAUUACCGUACAAGGACCACCAUUACCGGUUCCACAUCAACUGCAGAUGUGGAGGCAGAGGAACAGCUCAUUCUUGGUGCAAUGGAAAGAUGUCAAGAUGCCUGAUGAAAUCAGUUCCAUUAAAUUCAAAUAUGUGUUGUGGGUGUCAACCGGUAAACAAGUCGAUACAAAGACUGGCAAGAAUUAUACUCUAUCAGAAUCAACGUUAAUUCUUGAUUCCUUGGAAGAAGGGCAGAUUUAUUCAAUGGCUGUGCAAAUCCAAACUGAACAAGGAAUGCUUUCCGAAUUGAGUGAAGUGGAAUCUAUUCAAGUACCAUUGGGAACGUGGUCGUUGUUCUCUUACGAUGAAUCCAGUGGCAAUGGCGGUUCCACAUGGCGUGUGGCUGCACCAGUUUUGAUCCUGGUAACCCUAGCUGUAUGCACCGCCGCAGCGGUUCUCGUUUGGAGGCAUCGAAGGGCGCAGAAUAGUUUUACCAGAUUCGCCAAUUCUCAUUAUGACACGAGGACUGGUGCUACUACUAUUGGUGCAGGAGGAGUUUUAGAUGACGAUGUUCCUGAUAUAAGGCCGUUCUCCGACGACGAACCUUUGGUUUUAGCGUAGACCAAAAUUGUGUAAGCGCUGUAUAAUAAAUCAUAUUUAAGUAUUGUUUUGAAUUAAUAAACCUAUUUCGUGUUGGCUUCUAAAAUCAUUUUUAAAAUAUUCAAUAAUGAAAUAAAAACUACGAAGUAUUCGAUUUUAAUAUCAUUGAUUUUAGAGCUCAAGUUAAUAUUUGUUUUUAAAUA